AUAUUGACAACCUUGAUGCACAUUUGAGCACACAGCUAAGUGAAAUCAAAACAGAAACACAAAAUUGCUGUACCAAAAAUGAAGAAGAUGAUACACUGCAAGUCAAUGUUGAAGACAUCAAGAAUAAUCUCACAAAGACAAGGGGAGCCAUUGAAAAAGUGAACAACAGAGCUGAAGAAAUAAAAAUUGAUGUUGAAGAGAUGAAAACAGAUAUACAAAGGCUUGAUGCAAAACUGAACAAUUUUAUAACAGAGACACAAAACUCUCCCAUCAAAAAUAAUGACAAUGUUGAAGAGGUGUACAAUAAGGUAGAUGAAAUAAAAGAUGAUGUCACUCUUAUAAGGGAUCACUUGGAAAGGAUGCAGAACAAUUCACGAUGUGAAACAACAGAUGCUGUCACAGACAACACUAACCAGGGCACAAGUCCACAACCAUUUAACAACAUCACAACGACAAGUUCAGUUGCUUUGGCUCAUGACUGUACUGAAAGUAAACAUUUUACUGGUGUCAAAACUAUCCAACCCCAGGAAC